AUGUCACAGGGAGUUAAUGCGACGUUCAACAGUUCACACAAACACAGAGAUCUAGUCCCGCCGGUUCGGCGGUCAGCAAACAGUUCAACGGAGUGCAAAUCUACCGAUUUAGCAAAAAACAUCAGAUUAUGCUCGAAGGGUGCUGACCGAAAGGCCAGUUGCGUGAGUCUGUUGCACAGAACAGACUUCAGCGGCCAGAUAACCUAUCAAGGUAAAUGUUUGUCACAAUCUCCGCACUGGAUCUUGUACACGACGUUGGUCCUCAACAUUGGGUUCAAUCAUCCCUUUGGGUUUGGGACCAAUGAUCGACUGCCGCCCGUUUUGAAGCACAUUUGUGGAGUCCGACAGGAGUUGGUUCUCCCUUCGUUUUCAGGACCGCUUAAUGUGCGAAAAAAUAACCUGGAAACUGGGAGAGUGGCAGAUCCUGAUGUUAGACGAUUCCACCAGAAUCGUCUCCCAGAGUCACUUUCAAAUAACCUACCAUCAAAUGUGAAUUCAUACUGGGACGAGAUCACCACCUCUGUGCAGUGUUGGGAAUGUUGCCAAUGGUAUGGCACCACCAUGCGCACCCAAGCACUGAAUAUCAUGCCCAACCUGCUUAAGUCUCCUAGAGAUAUCCCAGCCGGUCCCUGA